AUGAGGACGGCGAGGCCCAAGAAGCCCAGUGUUGAUGAGUUGCUGCCUCUUCGCUUGGUGGGCGACUUCUGCAGCUGGCAGGUGGAGGUGCCUGGCCUGGAGCUCCAGCCCUGCGGAUCCCUGGUAGGCGGAAAGGUGUUGGAGUAUGCUUUGCAGCUGCAGCUGGAGGAGAGUUCCCUCGAGUUCCAAGUCAUCAGCAGUUUGCUGGGAUUCAAAGUCCGCCUAUACCCCAAGGGUGAUGGCUUGGUUAAGGCGGAAGAGAACAUGGGCGCAUCGGAGGCCAACGCUGCAGUGGGUGGUUGCCACGAUGGCCACGGCAGGAACUUCUUGAUCCAGCUGUCGCAAGCUGGAGACCGGGUUUGCCUAUUGGUGCGUUUGGCUCUUGGCAGCAAGGGCGUUCAAGGUGCACCCAUCGCCGCGCAGGUCACCUACGCCAAGCCUGGGGCGAGGACAGUGAUCGCCUGCGUUGCCAUCGGCGAUGGGAAGCUGACAGUCAUUCACGGCAGUGGAUCAGAUCCGCAUCGACAGGUUGCGUGGAGUAGUGAUCCUCAGAGCCAGCGCUUGCCACAGCUACUCCCUCUGCGCUUGGUGGGCCAGCCGUGCAAUUGGCGAUUGGAGCAAGCAGGUUUAUUGUUCUCCUGCAUCGAGAGCAGCUCUCUUGCCGAAGGAUCGGGCUGGCAAGGGCACUGCCUCUGCCUCCGACUGCUUACCAGACAGGUGGACUUCCAGAUCGUCAGUGGCAAGCUGGGAUUCGGUUGGCGGCUGUUCCCUGAAAGUACCGUGGCCGGCCGGAUUAAGGAAUGCAGCAAAAGCCCCGACAAUUGCACGCAGGCGGUCGUUGGCGGGAAGGAUGAUGGUGGAGGGCUCAAUUUCAUGAUCACAGGGCGGCCGCUCAACGUGAUCACGAUCUAUGUUUGGCUCAAUGUGCAGGAGGACAAAGUCACAGCCGCUCGAAUAGGUUACGCCGUGCCGUCGCGUAACGACAAGGAAGAGGAGGCUGUGCCAAGAGUUGCUGUUGGUGCCCGCUGCCUGGCAGCAAAACAGGAAAGCCGCACGUCUAUCAUUCAUCGAUGGCCUUAUGAUCCGACGAUGGGAUGUCGGGGGUCAUUGGAUCAGAAGUUUCUUGUUUCUUGCUUUUUAUUUGAUUUUCCCGAAAGCUUCAGCGAAGGGUUCUUCGAAAAAAAAACGUUAGCCCUACCACACUACCACACACUCACACUACCAUCACCACACUACAAUCACCACACUACCAUCACCACACUCCAAUCACCACUACCAUCACCACACUCCAAUCACCACACUCCACACUACCAUCACAUCACCUCCUCUAUUAAAUUCUCUCUUAUUUCUUAG